UGUGUGUGCAUGGUAGCGCGUGUGCAUGGGUGUCUAUGGGCACGUGUAUGUUGUGUGUGUGCAUGUGCGCACAUUGCUUGUGUAUAUUAUUCAAGUGCAUGUGGUGUGCGCAUCUGCACAGUUGUAUGCAUGACUUGCAUGUGAGUUAUAUGUGUGCAUCCAUGUGGCGUGUGCAUGCGUUCUGCAUUCGGCGUGUGCCUGUCUUGCGUGGUGCGUGUUUGCACGAGUGCUGCUUGUGCAGUGUGUGCAUGUAUUGCGUGUGGUUGGUGUGUGUGCGCGCGCAUGUGUGCAGGGGGGCGAGGACAGGAAUCUCGGUGCCUGUCUAACUCCCGUGCCCCCUCUGCUCCCCACUCAGAGCCCCUGCCUCGCUCCACAUCUGGCCCCUCCACUACUUUUUUUUCAUUAGAAAAAAGACGGGCAGUGAAUGCAGCCCCGUCCCGCCCCUUGGAGGGAUUUGCCCACGGCGUGUCGCGGUGCCAUUCACAUGGGGCAGUUGGUGCCUUUCCACCUUCAUACUGACCCAUGGGGAGCACAGCAGCGCCACGGGCUUUCUGCAGAUGAGGGUUUUAUCCCCCUAAAGCCAACUCCCACUGAGCACCUUGCUCUUGCUGCCGACAGCCUGGGGUUUUGGGUGCAGUGGGGAUGUGGGUUCAGCUGCCGCCUUCGGAGCACUGCUCUUCCCCGCAUUAAAUAAACUGGAACUUGCUUUCCAUGAACUUGUUGCUAUUUAUAUCCCUCUUUUUGCCAUGUAAGGAGAAAACAUUUUGUGCACCCAGCAGCGCCAGCUCACCCAUGUCCCCUCUGCUUCUUCUCUAGGCUUGCUUAUAAGCGGGGUAAUCCAUCCUUAGUGACGCCACACCCGUUGCCAUAGUGACUCUGUGACAUCACGAAGGAAAGGUUAUGACCUCUGUGUUGGAGCGAGAGGCUGGGCUACAGGGGGGAGAAACUUGUGAAUGAAGAUGAGCCGUGGGAGUGAGUAAUUGAACAAGUGGGGAAACAUCAGAGAGUUGAGGGAUUAAUGGUGAAGCAGAGUGCGCCGGGUGCAUGUCACGGGGCUGCGGCGGAGCUGAUCUUUCUAGGUUGCUGGCAGUGUCUCCUGGGGCCGUUGGAGAAGGGGGAGUCUCCUGCAUGCCCGAAAGCAGAAGCAUAUUUUGAUUCGCGUGUCUCUCUCUCUCUCUCUCUCUCUCUCUCUUUCUGUCUCUCCGUGCUGCUGCUGUUCCACAGUCUUAAAUCAGCUGUAGUUGGAACUUGGACACCUCUUUCGCUGGAGCUGGCUUCAAUGCUGGAAACACCUAAGGGGCUAUUAAAGGUUUUGGAAGCACAAUGGAUGGUUUUUAUGAUCAGCAGGUCCCUUUCAUGGUCCCGGGGCUGCCUCUCGCCUGCAGCUGAGCAGCGGUGCUCAUGGAAAGAUGCUGUCCUUUCUUUCAGAAGCCUUGCGCAGAAGACUGUCGAGGCCGCCCAGUGACUGACAGAAAACGGAAGUUUUUGGACACUGAUCUGGCGCAUGAUUCGGAAGAACUGUUCCAGGACCUCAGCCAGCUGCAGGAGACUUGGUUAGCUGAAGCUCAAGUUCCUGAUGAUGAGCAGUUCGUCCCAGAUUUUCAGUCUGACAGCUUGGUACUUCAUGCCCCACCUCCAGCAAAGAUCAAGCGCGAACUCCACAGCCCGUCCUCGGAGUUGUCCUCCUGCAGCCACGAGCAGGCCCUCUGUGCAAACUAUGGAGACAAGUGCCUCUACAACUAUUGUGCCUAUGACAGAAAGCCCCAAGCCGGGUUCAAGCCAGUAACCCCACCUGCUACACCCGUGUCGCCCGCCCAUCAGAACUCGUCGCUUCCGCCCCCUCCACCACCUCCGUCUGUGCAGACCGCGGCCCAUGUCGCGCCUCCAGGCCCGCUGCGGGGGGCUCCCCCAGCAUCAACUGCACCUGCCCUUCAUUCUCUUCAGGAACCAAGGCAGCAAACGUUUGCAGUGCCCCGGCCACCUCAUCCACCCAUGCAAAUGCCAAAGAUGAUGCCUGAAAACCAGUAUCCAACAGAGCACAGGUUCCAGCGACAGAUGUCUGAACCCUGCCAUCCUUUUCCCCCUCAGCCAGGGGUCCCUGGAGACAAUCGCCCUGUCUACCACAGGCAGAUGUCGGAGCCAAUCGUCCCUGUUGCCCCCCACCCUCCUCAGGGAUUCAAACAGGAGUACCAUGAUCCCCUCUAUGAUCAUGGGGUCCCGGGCAUCCCUGGGCCUGCCAGGCAUGGGUUCCAGUCUCCAAUGGGCAUUAAGCAGGAACCCAGGGAUUACUGCAUUGACUCAGAAGUGCCUACCUGCCAGUCCUCGUACAUGAGAGGAGGGGGCUACUUCCCCGGCAGCCAUGAUGGGUUUUCCUAUGACAAAGAUGCCCGGCUGUACUUUGAUGACACAUGUGUGGUGCCAGAGAGGCUGGAAGGCAAAGUGAAGCAAGAGCCCACCAUCUAUCGGGAGGGGCCCCCAUACCAGAGACGAGGGUCUCUGCAGCUCUGGCAGUUCCUGGUCACACUUCUGGAUGACCCAGCCAACGCCCACUUCAUCGCCUGGACGGGCCGGGGCAUGGAGUUCAAGCUGAUCGAGCCUGAAGAGGUCGCUCGCCGCUGGGGAAUCCAGAAGAACCGACCUGCCAUGAACUAUGACAAGCUCAGCCGUUCCCUGCGCUACUACUACGAAAAGGGGAUCAUGCAGAAGGUGGCUGGAGAGCGGUACGUGUAUAAAUUUGUCUGCGAUCCAGAUGCCCUCUUUUCUAUGGCCUACCCGGACAAUCAACGCCCCUUCUUGAAGGCUGAGCCCGAUGUCCAUGUCAACGAGGAUGACACUUUGCCUCUGACACAUUUUGAGGAUAGCCCUGCUUACCUCCUGGAGAUGGAUCAUUGCACCAACCUCCCCUACGCAGAGGGGUUUGCUUACUGACUGGCUGGCCGAGCAGCUGAAUGCUAAUGCUAGAGUUUCAAAGUCAGGCAGAUAAGGGCAAUGGUUUUGUAAAGAAUUUUUCGCUGUUCGUAAAACUGGUGUUUGUGAGCAUCAUCCAAGGAGCCUAAAACGUACGAUGAGUGUCGCCACCGAAGACAAACCUUGUAUUCCGAGGACUGGUGUAUUAGGACUGCCAGUGUCUGAAGGCUCCACUCACUGCAGCCACCAAGAGAUUUUGGGGGAGGGAGCUAAAAUGGAGUCUCUGGUCCAGGCCACGUUGCUUAGGGACAGACACGUGACUGUGUGGCCAUUGUUCAUGAUGGUGCCCGUGGAACUUGGAUAGACAGUGUGACUGUGUAGCGAAUUGUCAUGACAAUCUGCUUUGCAUCAAUCACAAUACUUGUAGCUGCCUUGUAUGUUGGAAAGGGCUUUGAUUUGCACAGACAAUGGAUUUUUUUUGGAGGGGCGGGGGGGUGGUAGGAGUGGGGGGUGGGGGAUGACAAAGGUAGUCUGAGUGAUUUAGCCUUGAAGUGUGGUGCUUGGUAUACCUCGGUAGGGUCAGCACUUUGGAUUUGGAACGCGGGACACACCAGUGACCAGAGGAAGCCUUUUGUUUCCUCUAAGCCCAGACAGACCCCCCUCCUUCCACUGUGGACAGCUCUUCUAGCUCCUGCUCUGGUUCUCUGAAAUAACGGCUUCCUGCUCCCCCUUGCUGCCCUCCCAGGUGUUUCGGUUGCUCCUCUUCCCUGUUCAAGGCUGUUGCUUUAAUUUCACAGGAAGGGGAUCAUGGGGAUCACAUUUUAGGGAAAAGUUUCUAACCAAUUUUUUGUAGGUUUUUUUGUAUCUGACGGUGAAGCUAACUUUUUUUGCAGACCUGCUGCUUUCUUGGCCUGGGAUAGCACUUGAUGUUUUGAGAUGCCACAGCUGGGUCAUGGAGGGACUUCCUAGCCAGGUACAUCUGCAGGUAAAUGCUCUAUGCUUUUCUGUUCCUGGCUCCCAAGUGGAAGUUACACCCACAUGUUGUCCAGUUGUAGUGUGCUUAUCCCAUGGUGGCAGCAGGGACCCCGGCUGGGGUUCUGCAUGUACAGUUCCCUGCAUUCACAGACGCGCUUUGGGAAUUAUACGUAUAUAACACAUGGAUAAUCCUCUUGGCCAACUGCCCUAGCCACAGCAGUGGAUAACCCUGGGCAUGACUGUCCUCUUACUACUGAACGACCUGUCCCCCUGUUCAUGUUUUAAACCUGCAUAGGAUUGAAAGGAUUGGAGACAGCUUGAGCCAUGGGCAUCCCAAAACAGACUUUUUAAUUUCGGUGUCACUUUUCAUAUGUUCAGUCUGAUCCAAUGUCUUGAGGGUUGUUGGGGUUUUUUUGUUUGUUUGUUUGUGGGGGGGUAGGGUUUUUUUAAGAGUUAAGCUGUAAAGAUGCCAGGGGGUGGGUGUCGAAGAGUGUCUCACCAUAAACUAACCUUGUUCUCAUCCACAUAAAAACAAAAAAUCAUGCCCUUUCAAUUCCAGCUUCCCCAGAUGCCUGUACCACUCAUAUAUACUAAACAUAUAUGCAUCUUUUCCCAACUGGCUACAAGUUUUUGUUGUAAAUGCUGUAUAGGAUCCCACCCCUCCACUUCUUAGUUAACCUUGUUUGGGUUUUGGCCGAUUCAUUCUUUUUAUUUUUAUUUUUUUUUGAGCAUAUGAAGAUUAACUCUUUGUAGACUAAGUUACUCUCCCCAUGAUGUAUAAAAUGGGCCUGUACAGUCAUGAAAGAUGGUGGCAGUGUCACUGUUGCACUUCCCACCGGACUCCUGCAUCUAGCAGAUGGAUUUUAUCUUUCUUUUUCUUUUCUUUUCUUUUUUUUUUUUUUUUUUGGUGUGGAAAGUCUACAGUGCAGAAAGGGUUAAUCUGAGGAUUGAUUGGAAGUAACCUUUAUUUGAGCAGGGCUGUGUGUCUCCUGCAAUGCUGCGUUACAUUCUGUACUGUGUACAAUAAAGGGUUUUUGCUUUCCGUUUG